UGAAAAUGGAUUGGAAUGGUCAAGAUGGCUGUUAUGUUAUUAAGAUAAAAAUGGGGCAAAGUGAAGUUGGAAUGAAAGCAUGUUUCACGGAUUUAAUAACACAUAUGCAAGCCAACAAAUUUCAUGUGGUUGAUUUGUUUUUAAAAAAAGCUCUAGAGGUUCCAAUCCAAAAACAGUUGAAGGUGCUGAUACGUGAAAUAAAGCAGCAUGGAGAAGAGAUAGAUAUGAUUAACAAGGAGAAUGCAGGAAAAAAACUACCAGAAAUAAAUUAUGUUAAACUUGUGAGAGUUUUCCUCAAGGGUGACGAUUAUGCAGAAGUAGUAACAGAAUGUGUGAAGUUAAAUGAAAAGCAGGAGGAAAGUAAAUGGCAAUGGCAUAUCACAGAUCAAACAUCCUUUCCAUUCAGUGUGGAGGUUGUUGGGCCAAAGACUACGGCUGAAGAUGUCUAUAAGAAAGUUGUACAAGACAUUUCUUCUAUUCAGGCUACCUUUAGAUUUAAAAUGAAAAUUCAGAGCAAAGAAAUAAAGAAAGUGAAAAAAGCAGUAGAAAAAUUGAAGAAAGAUAUUUCUGAGAUUACUCUAGAUGAGGAUUCUAAUCAAGUUGUAUGUGAUGCAACUCAAUCACAAAUUAUUCUCGUCAAAAAAGAAUUGGCUAUGUAUGAAGAUUUGUCCCUUUCCUAUGACAUGAGUGAAGAUGACUACGCUGCGUUGAUAUAUAUCACAAAUGAUGAUGAAUGGCGAUCUCAUGUAAAACAAAGAUAUGUGAAAGGAAAAGUGAUAUUUGAUGUUGAAGAUUCAAAUGAUGUAAGCAUGGUGGCCACAUGCAUAAAAAGUAAACUGGAGUGGCUGAUGCAGCUAGCAGGAACAGAAGUAAUUCCUCCAAGCAAUCAUUCAACUCCACUUACAGAUUUAUUAUCUGAAGUAGAAGAUACUUGGCCUGUAAUGUAUUGUUUCUUGUCCUUUGAUAGGAAAAGAAUAAUUAUUAAAGCUUCAAGCUACGAACAAGCUCAACAGGCAAAGCAUAUGAUAGAAGUCAAUCUUGGAAUGGUACAACAAGGUGGUGGACGCAGAAAUAGGAAAUUUGCUUCACCAGAUGAAGUUGGUCCUGGACCUGUUUCUUCCCCAUCUAGCACUUCUGAUUUGACCAUCAGAGGUGGAACAACCUUCAAAACUAAGGAAGGUAUUAAAAUAUUUGUGUAUUCAACCGGGAUUGGUAACCUUAAAGUAGACACUUUAGUCAAUGCAGCUAAUAGGGAUUUAAUGCAUGGUGGUGGAAUAGCAUACCAUAUCAGUAAUGCAGCUGGCUAUCAGUUAGAUAAAGAAUGUGAUGAUCAUGUCAGAGUCCAUGGGCCUCUACAUGUUGGAACCUGUUAUUCUAGUACUGCAGGGAAUCUGCCAUACAAGUCUAUUAUUCAUGCUGUUGGACCAAUGUGGCAUUCAUAUCCACACAACAAAAAGCAACAAUGUCUUGAUGAUUUGAGGAAAACUGUUGUAUCAGCUUUACAAAAAGCAGAGUCUUUUAGAUUUACUUCAAUAGCUAUACCUUCUAUUAGCUGUGGUAUAUUUGGUGUGCCAAAGGAGCUGUGUGCCAAGGAGUAUUAUGGAGCUGUUAUAGAGUACAGCAGAAAAUCUCCAAGUUCGUCAGUUAGAGAAAUACAUUUUAUCGACAAAGACAGAGGAAUGUGCAGGCUGAUACAGGAAACAUUUGAGAAGGAAUUUGGUAUCAAAGGUCAACAGAUGUGAUGUAGCAUAUUGCCACGAUCAUAUGUGUGGAUUUAGAAUUUUAUUUUAGUGAGCAUAUAAGUAGUGUUAAUCAUUUUUCUCUGUACUUUUCUAUGCAUUAUAUAAUUUGUUUUCUAUUUUGGUUGUAACAAUGCUACUUAUAUAAUAUUAUAGACUGUAUGAUUCUGUCUACAAACAUCAGGCUUUUCAAGACAUUUAAUAUCUUCACCACAACUAUAUAUAGAUUUUAGUAAUGAAGUUUAAAGUUCAGAAAGUUAAGAUUUCCUUAUAGCUGUAAUUUUAAAAGAAUUGAAAAAAGAUUUCCUUAUAGCUGUAAUUUUAAAAGAAUUGAAAAUCCUCUUAGGGGAAAAUUUUUGAUAAUGCUUACUGGUCAUAUGAAACGUACUGUCUUAAUUAUCAGAAGAAAAAUAGAAAUAAUUUUCUAGCAGUAUUGGGUUAAAAGAAUUCAUGAUUUUGUAGUAGACUAUUCUCCGUGUUGAAGACCGUACUGUGACCUAUAAUGGUUUACUUUUAUAAAUUUUGACUUGGAUGGAGAGUUGUCUCAUUGGCACUCAUACCACAUCUUCUUAUAUCUAUUAACUGCAUUAUGCAAGUUGGGUUUUUUCUAGUCUAAAAGUUUCAGUUUGGUAUAUUUAUAAUUAUUUACUAAAAACAAAUUAGAUUAUCCUUUAAUAAUGUUGAU